GUGCAGCAUGUUUGGUUGUGAAGACCCAGCUUUUCCACGUAGUGUGUUUACUAAGUACAGAUUGUCGGUCUGUUUAUGUGUUUAAUUUGUGUAUAUUAGGAACCAUAUAGCUACCUUUUGAAUUAAUAGUUUUUGGUUUGAAUGUGUCUCACGUACUGGAAUGUCAAAAUAUAGUAGUUUUCCUAUGUCUUGAUUAUUGGUCAUCACUGUUGGGCAGUUAGCUUAUCAAUUGAAAUUGCACAGGACUCCAUCUUGGAACUCCUAACAGGUAUCAGGAUGGUGGACAAGAAUAUAUACAUUGUCCAAGGGGAGAUCUGUACUGUUGUAGGUGCCAUCAAGAGGAAUUCAAGGUGGAAUACCCAUACUCCUUUGGAUGAGGAACAAGAUCCAUUGCUUAACAGUUUCAGCCACCUGAAAGAGAUUCUCAACAAUAUGAAAGAGCUGUCAGAUGUGGAGCCCAACAUAUUCCUGCGGCCCUUCCUGGAGGUGGUACGAUCUGAAGACACCACCGGACCAAUCACAGGCAUGGCCCUCACCUCUGUCAACAAGUUCCUUUCCUACGGCCUCAUAGAUGCUAACCACGAGGCGGCGGCGGAGGCUAUCGAGAACAUGGCGGAUGCCGUCACACACGCCAGAUUCGUAGGGACGGACCCCGCCAGCGAUGAAGUAGUGCUCAUGAAAAUCCUACAGGUCCUGAGGACUUUGCUGCUCACGCCCGUAGGAGCCCACCUGACCAACGAGUCUGUGUGUGAGAUCAUGCAGUCGUGUUUCCGCAUCUGCUUCGAGAUGCGCCUCAGCGAGCUCCUGAGGAAAUCAGCCGAACACACACUGGUGGACAUGGUGCAGCUGCUGUUUUCCAGACUACCCCAGUUUAAAGAGGAGGCCAAAAGUUUUGUGGGCGCCAACAUGAAGAAGCUGAAGAUGCGUGCUGGUGGGAUGAGUGAGUCGUCAAAGUGGAAGAAGCAGAAGCGUUCGCCCCACCCCCCCCGCCACAUGGUGCGAAGUGCCUCGGGCGGAUUGGAGCAGGCCCCUACCACCACCCUCAGCAACAACAACCUCUCUGACCGUGUUAGAAACAAGAUCGGUGGGAUAGACAUAGAAGGUGGUGUCCCAUUCAUUGAGCAGGAUAGUUUGUCUGUCUCAGACAGCGUGGCCUCCUCCAUGUCCAUCCCCACAGACAGUGGCCUGGACACCUGCUCCAAGGCCACCUCCAGAGAGGACCUGACAGACCUGGACCAGAGCAGCUCUGCCGCCACCACCCCUUCCACAGAGCCUGGACACCUGUACACUCAGUCUGAGUGUAGGCAGGUGGAGCAUGCCCAGUCAGCCUCGGUGGAGUCCAUCCCUGAGGUCCUGGAGGACGGAGAAUCUGUGACGGAGCAUUCGGACUCAUCCUCAUUACAUGACAUGGACUAUGUCAACCCCCGAGGAGUCCGCUUCACACCACAGCAAACACAGAGAGACGGUGAGGAUGGCGCGGCUCUCAUCCCCUACUCCCUGCCCUGUCUGCGGGAGCUCUUCCGCUUCCUCAUCUCACUGACGAACCCCCAUGACCGCCACAACACGGACGCCAUGAUGCACAUGGGCCUGCAGUUGCUGACCGUGGCUCUGGAGGCGGCUCACAUCGCCCCCUACCAGUCACUGCUGGGCCUGGUCAAAGACGAGCUCUGCAGACACCUCUUCCAGUUGCUAAGUGUGGACCGUAUGAACCUGUAUGCCGCCUCCAUCCGAGCGUGCUUCUUGCUCUUUGAGAGCAUGCGAGGACAUUUGAAGUUCCAGCUCGAGAUGUAUCUGAAGAAGCUGAUGGACAUCAUCACGUCAGAGAACAUGAAGAUGCCCUAUGAGAUGAAGGAGAUGGCCCUGGAGGCCCUGGUGCAGCUUUCGAGGAUCCCCAGCUUCGUCACCGAGCUCUACAUCAAUCAUGACUGUGACUUCUACUGCUCAAACCUGUUUGAAGACCUCACCAAGCUGCUCUCCAAGAAUGCCUUCCCUGUGUCCGGACAGCUCUACACAACCCACCUCCUCUCACUAGAGGCCCUACUCACUGUGAUUGACAGUACUGAGGCCCACUGCCAGGCCAAGGUGCUCAACAGCACCACUCAGCAGGACCACUCAGCAGAAAUGGUGUUGGCAGAAGGGGAGUGCUCAACCAACGACCGUACAGACACAACCACGGAAGCGAGCAGGCAGGUGAACAGUGCCAACGGUCAGAAUGUUCCAGAGGCUGACAGUGUGCCCCUACCACCUACCAGCGGGCACCUGAUGGCAGAGAAGAUGAGACUGGGCAGACAAGACCAGGAGGAGACAGAACCAGCUGAAAAGAAAGAACCAAAAAAGCCACAUCGCUUCUCGUCUUGUUUACCUGAUUCUCAAGAGCUGUUGGACAUCAGAAAUAAAAAGAAGCUGCUGAACAGCGGCACAGAGCAGUUCAACCAGAAGCCUAAGAAGGGGAUCCAGUUCCUGCAGGAGAAGGGUCUCCUCAGCAGCCCCAUGGACAACAACGAGGUGGCCCAAUGGCUCCGGGAGAACCCCCGCCUUGACAAGAAGCAGAUCGGAGAGUUCAUCAGUGACCGCAAAUACAUGGAGCUACUGGACAGCUUUGUCAACACGUUCACCUUCCGAGGGCUGCGUAUUGACGAGGCGCUGCGUCUGUAUCUGGAGGCCUUCAGACUGCCAGGAGAGGCUCCGGUCAUCCAUAGACUUUUGGAAACCUUCACAGACACCUGGCAUAAAGUGAACGGCUCUCCCUUCAUGACCAACGACGCAGGCUUCGCCCUGGCCUAUGCUGUCAUCAUGCUCAACACGGACCAGCACAACAACAAUGUGCGCAAGCAGAACAUCCCCAUGACCAUUGAGCAAUUCAAGAAGAAUCUGAAGGGUGUGAAUGGAAAUACAGACUUUGAUCAGGAUAUGCUGGAGGACAUCUACAAUGCAAUCAAGAAUGAAGAGAUAGUGAUGCCAGACGAGCAGUCUGGCCUAGUGAAGGAGAACUAUGUAUGGAACGUGCUGCUCCACCGGGGGGCCACCUCCGAGGGGGUCUUCCUCCAUGUGCCUGCCGGCAGCUACGACCACGACCUGUUCACCAUGACCUGGGGGCCCACCAUCGCAGCCCUCUCCUACGUCUUCGACAAGAGCCUGGACGACACAAUCAUCCAGAAGGCCAUUGCUGGCUUUAGGAAAUGUGCCAUGAUAUCAGCUCAUUAUGGAUUCAGUGAUGUUUUUGAUAAUUUGAUCAUCUCCCUCUGCAAGUUUACAACGCUCAGCAGUGAGUCGGUGGAGAACCUGCCCACAGUGUUUGGGAGUAACGGGAAGGCACAGAUAGCGGCAAAAACGAUGUUCCACCUGGCCCACCGGCACGGUGACAUCCUGAGGGAGGGCUGGAAAAACAUCAUGGACUCCAUGCUGCAGCUGUUCAGAGCCGAGCUGCUGCCCAAGGCCAUGGUGGAGGUGGAGGAUUUUGUGGAGCCAAAUGGAACGAUUUCCCUUCAAAGAGAAGAGACACCGUCAAAUCGGGGUGAGUCUGCGGUGCUGAGCUUUGUGAACUGGCUGACACUGAGUGGAGCAGAGCAGUCUGGUCAACGUGGGCCCUCUACUGAGAACCAGGAAGCCAAGCAGGCAGCCAUGCUCUGUAUCAAGCAAUGUGACCCAGAGAAGCUGAUCACAGAGAGUAAAUUCCUGCAGCUGGAGUCUCUACAGGAGCUGAUGAAGGCCCUGAUCUCAGUCACACCUGAUGAGGAGACGUAUGAUGAGGAGGAUGCUGCGUUCUGCCUGGAGAUGCUGCUACGCAUAGUCAUGGAGAACAGGGACCGUGUGUCGUGUGUAUGGCAGACGGUGCGAGAUCACCUGUGCCACCUGUGUGUCCAGGCUACAGAGAGCUGCUUCCUGGUGGAGAGGGCCGUGGUGGGCCUCAUCAGACUGGCCAUCCGCCUGCUGCGCAGAGAGGACAUCAGCUCCCAGGUGCUGCUGUCCCUGCGUCUCCUGUUGAUGAUGAAACCACACGUCCUGGCCCGGGUUAGCCGGGAGGUGGCCUAUGGCCUCCAUGAGCUGCUUAAGACAAACGCUGCCAACAUCCACUGCACAGACGACUGGUUCACCCUUUUCGCCCUAAUCGAGUGCAUCGGGGCCGGGAUCAAACCCCCCGCCUCCUUCAAGGUCACCUCCACUACCCCAGACAUCGACACAGGUGCCCAGUCAGACAGUGAGCUGUCGUUCCACCACCUCAGUGAGGUGAGUCUGGACCGGGGGUACACCUCAGACUCUGAGGUCUACACAGAGCAUGGAAAGUCCAGGAUGCCCCGCUCUGUCACUGACGUGGACGUGACUAGCAGCGGAUGGCUGGUGGUUGGGAAAGACGACCUGGACAUCAGCAAGGUAGCGGCUUCUGGGUCCAAGACCCUGCUAAACCCUCUAGUGAACCAGUACAGCCUGUCCCUGGGUCAAGACAUGGGUUUCCACGACACCAAGUCUCUCAUCAAGUGUGUGGAGUCCCUCUCCUUCAUAGUACGAGACGCUGCACAUGUCACCCCCGAGAACUUUGAGCUGUGUGUCAAGGCCAUCCGGGUGUUUGUGGAGGCCAGCCUAAACGGAGGCUACAGGACCUAUGAGAAGAAGAAGAACCACAAGUACGACUCCCAGAAGUCCCGUGUGAGGAGGAAGCCCCGGGACAAGGAGGGUGCGUCCCGCCGCGCCAAGGCCUCCAGCCAGAGGCCUUCCCGUUCCCAUAGUGAUGACGAGGAAGACGAGGGGGUCCCUGCCAGCUACCACACGGUGUCAUUACAGGUUAGUCAGGACCUGUUAGAUCUGAUGCACACGCUGCAUACGAGGGCCUCCAGCAUCUACAGCUCCUGGGCAGAGGAGCAGCGCCGCCUGGAGCCAGUAGGGAAGAAGAUUGAGGCCGACUCCCAGACACUGUGGACCAGCUGCUGGUGCCCACUGCUCCAAGGGAUAGCCUGGCUGUGCUGCGACGCCAGGAGGCUGGUGCGAAUGCAGGCCCUGACCUACCUCCAGAGGGCACUGUUGGUCCAUGACCUGCAGACACUAGAUGCUGUGGAGUGGGAGUCCUGUUUUAACAAGGUGCUGUUCCCCCUGCUGACCAAGCUUCUGGACAAUAUUAGCCCUGCAGACGUGUGUGGCAUGGAGGAGACCAGGAUGAGGGCUUGCACCCUGCUGUCAAAGGUGUUCCUGCAGCACCUCUCUCCCUUGUUGUCUCUGUCCACCUUCGCUGCCCUGUGGCUCACCAUCCUGGACUUCAUGGACAAGUACAUGCACGCUGGCUCCAGUGACCUGCUGCUGGAGGCCAUCCCAGAGUCUCUGAAGAACAUGCUGCUGGUGAUGGACACAGCAGGAAUCUUCCACAGCGCUGACUCUCGUACAGGAUACUCUGACCUGUGGGAGAUCACUUGGGAACGCAUCGACUGCUUCCUGCCUAACCUCCGGGAGGAGCUCUUCAAACAGACAGUCAUACCACAACCAGAUCCUGCUCCUAGUCCCCCAGUGGAGCUUGUCCAGCCGGCUGCCCCCUGCCCCCCAGCCUCGCCACCCCCAGCUCAGGCCCCAUCUCCUGUGUCAGUGCCAGCUUCCCCCACAGAGCCAAAGACCUCCAGCAGACCAGUGUCGCCCCAAGAUCCCCCACCACCUAGUACCAACGGAACAGACAGAUCAUCUCCAGUGCCUCCAUCGACUCCCCCCAUGCCCACCCCAGUGAAGAUGUCCCCCCAGAUCGCUAGCCCACUGAUACAGUCCCCCACGAGUCAAUCCCCCCUCAUCCUGCAGCCCCUGGCCUCCCAUCUGCAGGUGGGGGGCGUGCCCCCUAUGUCCCUCCCCAUUAUCCUCAACCCCGCCCUCAUUGAGGCCAGUUGCCCUGUCCCGCUGCUCCCCGCUCCCCACCCCACUGAACAUAGUGACACCCCGCAGGUCAAAUAGAGCCACCAUAGCCCUAUGCCUACUGUCACGGGGGGCACUCCAUCCCCCACCUGUCCCCUAAAUCAUAGCUUUCUCCUUAGGCCUUGCCCCCCUUCACACAGGGGGAUAAACCGUCUGUGACACAGAGGCCCUUUACAUCCAUGGUCACCUCUCAGACGACACUAAACAACAGACACACCUAGCUUUGAAGUCUUAUCUAACAUCCUGGGGCCUGCUGUCCCUCAAUAUUCACUUAGACAUUUUUUGGAACUCCGUCGGGGUCUCAACUUUACUUUUGAGAGUUAGAUUAGUAGAAUACACAAGGUGCAAGUUUGAAAAUUGGUUGUGGAUUAGCAGUUUUUCUCUUGUUUUGUCAGUCGCUAACAGUCACUCCAAUUAGCCAUGUCGUCUAACAAUUUUUUGAUUGGUAAAUUAGUCUAGCCAGUUAUCUAAACUUGUAGUAAUCAUGGCCAAAUACUGACAGGGCACUUGCCCAGGGCCCUGACUUCUAGGGGGCCCCCCAUUUUUUUUAUUUUGUUAGUCACUCUCACUCAGAUAUUAACAUGGCAAAAUGUGUAGAAUUGCAGGAAAUUGGCUUUAAAACAGCAAAGUCAGUAGAAUUGCAUGAAAUGUGUUAUAAAAUUGCAAAAUGUCUAUUCCCUAUGGCAAAAUGUAUAGAACUGCAGUAAACUUGCUUUAAAAUUGCUAAUAUUUUUCUCUACGCCCCAUGGCAAAAUGUGUUCCAGGAAAUUACUUUAAAAUAUAUUUCUCUCCACCUUCAAGGGGGGGGCACAAAAAAAAUGGCCGGCUUGGCGGGGUGCCUCCCCAACGAAAUCUCACUUAAGGCCCCCAAAAGGCUAAAGUUUUUCCUGAGUAUGCCUGUGCUUAACAUUAAUCUAGAGGUUCUGCCAGGAACAAAAUCAUAGUGAAUAACUUAUUUGGGUUUUAGGUACUGCAUGUUGUUUACUGAAUAGGAUGUGAACAGAUUAAUUUACUCCAGUCAAAGUGUUCAGGGCACUGUCUUAAAAGAAAAACAGACCUGUAUCAUAACUAUUUUAUUGGAGGGUCGAAAUGUAAGUGUACAGUAAUAUAAAGCAUACAUAGUUUCUAUAUUUCCAGUAUAAAAUUGUGUCAGAGGUUAGAAAUUAGCCUACAAGUUUUCACAAUCUUGUUUGCAAAUUUUUAUUACAAUGGCCCUAAAACGACACUUUACGUACAUUAAAUGCUGUUAUACCCAACAGGGACAAAGGUGUGCAUGGUUUGGCUUGGAAAGAUGGAUUUGACAUGCUGCCAUUGCUAACAAGGGCAGCACCUAGAACAUUCCGAAUGUGACAACUGGUCUGGCCUGGGUGGGUGUGUGUGUGGUUGGUUUGCUGUGUUCUGUGAUGGUGGAACUCUGUACGUGUCAGCUUUUGUCAAACAGGUUAGGAGAGUUUAAUAGUAAGGUCGUAAUGAGAUUAUUUAAUGGAGUACAAUAUUGCCUUUUGUCAUUUGUAUCCGGGUGUGUUUGUCACGUUUGUGUAAUAAAUGUUUUGUCACAUACACCGGA